AUGAAAUGGUGGACGUAUGUAAGAACAGAGCACAUAAGACCAGCCGCAAAGCGAACAGUAAUGGCACUUGCAAAGUAAUUAACCCCUUGGCACAGUAAGCCUCCUGUACUAGAGCUGAAACUGAGAUCUCAUUUAUUUUUGUGGUUUGGUGCGGUGGUUUAACAGUAAAGAAAAAUACACUUCCGCUCUGCAUGAAGGUUUAGCUGCACUGCACACACAUGCACUCAUAUGUUUUGAGAUGCAAAUGUCCACAGGCAGUUAGAAGGACAGCUAUUUCAUGUGGUUGUUUCAUGCGCUUUUUUGGCCGUUUUUUUUGGCCGAGCAGAACCUUGCAUUGAUACAGAAUGUCACGUCGCACAUCAGCUUGCUUCAGAACUUCCUGAAUCAAGAAUGAAAGUCUGGUCAGUUCAAAUGAAGGGGGGAAAAAAAUAACUACUACUGCUUUUAUGUUUGAUCUCACAGGGACAGGUUCGCAGUCAGAAUGAGUGGAGGUGUCUCCGAUGCGGACUCGAGCAGCACUUGCUCACAAGAACUAACUUCAAUUUCAAAUGACUCUGACACAUUCAGCACUCAAGACUCCACCAGCAGUGUAGACUCGGCGGACAAGAUCUACGUUAAUCUGGCUGACCUCCAUUCCAGUACUACCCCUACAAAGACUCUGCAGGGCGUGAGUGAAGCUUUAAUGGCCUCUCAAAGGAUGCUGCCUGAAUCCAAGUCCGCCGAUGACGCACGACCACCCCCUCUUCCUAAGAAGUCCCUCAACAGGACAAACUCUGCUCCGGGAGGUGUUCUGUUGGGUUCACCUCUCACCAAGAGUCUGCCCUGUUCGCCGGGAUUUCAAAUAACCAAUCCGCUCUACGGCAUCUACGAAGGAAAAAAUAUGUUUUGGACAAAAAACAGCUUCAGUAGCCCCUGUAGUCCACUGAAGACGGAUGAAAAAUUCAACCUUUGGAGUCUCCACAACAGGAGAUCAGGAAUGACGAGGGCUCAGAGCUUGGAUGGGAACCCUGGUUACGUUCCUCAGAUGGACAUAGGGAAAUUGAACUUUGAGACGUCAGAUCUGGACCUCAGGAACUGGAUCAACACUGACAGUCAGGAAGAGGUUUUCAGAACGAUGGCCAACAGAUGCACAAUGUCGUUGAAAAGCAUUGCCGCAAAAUACAGCAGGCUUUUCCUGCGAGAUAAGGAACCUGCGCUAAACCUCAGUGAAAGUAACUGGCCAGGUUUCCAGGUGCCGUUUGACAAACCCUGCUGCGUCUCCAGGGAUGCCGUUUACUUUCGAGCCCAAUACAUGCAAGAUGAGUUCACGUUAAAGAUCUCAAAAACAUUGAACGAAGAGCCCCUGGAGAAGGAACCAGACGGGCUGUCGGUACAGGAAAGCCUCCCGGUCCAUUUCAAUGUACAACAGGUGAGAGGUCACUUUAUGGCCGCUCUUCCUACAAACCUCGCACCUACUGAAGAGGCGGUUUUGUGUGCCGAUGUUCCAGAGGCUGAAGUCUCCGGCGUUGAAACAGGAGCCGCUGCCGAGACGUUUGAAGCCAACCCAGAGAGUCAGCUCGAUAAAAGGCGGCAGUUUGUGAUCAUCACGCAGGAGACCCCCUUUCAAACCAUGGCGGACUUUGUAAACGAGUCUGCGUCGCUUCACGUGUCCCAGGCAGAAGUCUACGAGCGGCAAAUAAGCCUUCUUCUUCUGCAGCUCUGCCUGGGGCUGGAACACCUGAAGAACCAGGGCGUCAUCCACUGCGAUCUCCGCUUAGAAAACCUGCUGCUGGUUAAGAUGCCCGGCCAGGUGGCUAAUCCAGGAAGCCAGGCCCAAGGUGAUAUCCUCCAGCUGCCGAGACUUGUAAUCAGCAACUUCUCCAAAGCGAAGCAAAGGAACACUGCCGUGGAUCAGAAGCACCACCCUGAUCUUGCCCGACAAGCUCCCGAAAUGAUGUCCACCUCCCAGUACAAAAUGGUGGAUGAGUUCCAAUUGGGCAUCCUGAUCUAUGAAGUUCUACACAUGCCGAAUCCCUUCGAGAGCAUCUCAAGGCAGAGCGAAGACGAAGAGUACAACACCAGCGACCUGCCCCUAAUCUGCCCACUAUCUGCCUACUCCGAGGGCCUUCAACACCUUGCCCACUUACUCUUGCGUGCCGACCCAUACAAGAGAAUACAUAUCCGUCAAGCGAAAAGCAUCCUUCAAGCCUUGCUUUGGGGUCCAUGCAGUAAAGCAUUCAGCGUGAAGACUGGGCUCAGAGACUCGCCACACGUGCUGAAGAACUGGUUGGAUGUCAAGCGUGUCUUGCUGGUGUUGAAGUUUGGAGAAUGGUUUCUCGAUGAGCAGAGCCAAACAACGUUGGAAGACUGGCUUUGCUGUCAAUACUUUGCCUUUGCCACCCCCGAAUCAAUGUUUCAGGCAGUAGAGAAAAUGCAGAUUCUUUUGGAAGAAAAAUGUUAGGGAGUCACACAGCACGGAAACAGGCCCAGGCCGAAUAAGAUGCUCCAUUUAACCUAGUCCCAUUUCCCCAUAGUUGGCCCUUGACCUUUCCAAUCAAUACCUCCUGCCUCCUCUGAGUGAAAAGGUUGCCUUGCAGGUUCCUAUUAAAUCUUUCCCCUCGGACUUUAACUCCAGUUAUUGAUUGCCCCAUCCUGGGUAAAAGAUUCAUGCAUUCACCCUAUCUAUUCGCCUCAUGAUUUUAUACACCGCUAUAAGAUCACCAUUCAACCUCCUGCACUCCAAGGAAUAGAAUCCUGGCCUGCCCAACCUCUCACUCACUGUAGCUCAGGCCCUCAUGCCCUGGCAAUAUCAUCAUAACUAUUCUCUGUACUCCAUCUUAUUAAUACCCCCUCCAUGGCAGUGUGAUCUAAACUGAACACAAUAUUCCAAAUGAGGCCUCACCAAUGUCUUGUAAAUUUUAACAUAACAUCCCAAUUUCUACAGUCAAUACUCUGACUGAUGAAGACUGAUGUACCUUCACUAUAACCCAAUCCUGUUGAAUAAGCAAAGUAACUCUUACAAGUAAACAUUGGCUAACAUGGCUUUAAUUAGAGUAUCCCCCAGAGGCUCGGUUUCGAUCCUGACUACGGGUGCUGUGCGUACGGAGUUUGUGCGUUCUUCCUGUGACCGCGUGGGUUUUCUCCAGGUGCUCUGGUUCUCUCCCACACUCCAAAGGCUUACGGGUUGGUAGGUUAAUUGGCUUUGGGAGAAUUGUAAAUUAUCUCUAGUUUGUAGGAUAGUGUUGGCGUACAGGGUGAUCGAUGGUCGGCACGGACUCGGUGGGCCGAAGGGCCUGUUUCCGCGCUGUAUCUCUAAAGUAAAGUCUAAAGUAAUGUAAAGAUGAUUUUGAUUAAGCUUCAUUUUCUCACAAUGUCUAUUAAAAUCGAUAAAUUUGAGUGGUUGACAUCACCUUUAAAUACCUAUCUAUUCAGUAGCGGUUUUGAGUCACUCUCUGAUUGUUUAGUAAAUUAAAUCCACCAUCUUGUGUAACGUUGAAUCACUUGGGCCAGGAAGCAAACAAUUCAUAAAUUGAUCUCAUCCAGGGCUGUAUUAGGGGCCCCCUUAGAAGGAUAAAGGGAAAAAAAACAUAUUAUGGAGUGAUUACUACCAGUAAAAUUCAGUGUAUUUGUAAAUAGGCAAGAGGCUGGAACAGACUCUGCCGAGUUGCCUCUAGCGGCCUGUUACCUCGGCAACACUCACUGCGAGAGCUCAUUUGAAAGAUUAUGGUUUUUGCGAGGAAUUAGAAAAUUGCAACGCCCACAUUAGCAAAUCCCAGCACAGAAUAGAUGCAUGCAGAGGAGUACAUCAGGUCCAGGUUUAUCUGUUGACUUAAAACCAAAAGGUAAAUACAUUUUUGCUCAAUGCCACAAGUCUUUUACGCAUGUCAAGGGCAAGUGAGUUAGAGCCCUCAUUGCUGAAGAUAGACACACAAUGUUGGAGUAACUCAGCGGAACAGGCAGCAUCUCUGGAGGGAAGGAAAAUGUGACGUUUCGGGUCGAGACCCUUCUUCAGUCUCAACCCAUUCCUUUUCUCUAGAGAUGCUGCCUGUCCCACUGAGCGGUGUAAACCAGCAUCUACUGUUCCUUCCUACACAGAUCACCUUGUCCUUGUUCAACUUUUUUGUGCAGGCUUACAAACAUACUAAGUGAGAUUUAAAAUCACUACUACCACCCAUUACAAGAAGCACCUCAUAUUUCGCUUGGGCAGCUUACACUCCAGCGGUAUGAAUAUUGAUUUCUCUAAUUUAAGUAACCUUUGCUUUCCCGCUCUCUCCAUCCCUCCACCUUUCCAGCUCUCCGACCAGUCUGACUGUCCCCCUGAUUACAUUUUAUCUCUGUUUGCUUCGUUGUCACCUUCUCCUAGCUAACAAUGAUCUAUUCUACAUUUUCCUUGAUCAACAUCUCUUUUGAUGUCUUGUUUUCACACCUUCCCUAUUACCGUGACUGCCACUCCCCUGACUCUCAGUCUGAAGAAGGGUCUCGAUCCGAAACUCGACCCAUUCCUUCUCUCCAGAGAAGCUGCCUGUCCCGCUGAGUUACACUACCAUUUUGUGUCUAUCUACUAUAAAUUGCAAACUAACAGAGUUAUCUGUACUGAUCAAAUCUCAUGAGAUUCUGUUAUUUGCCAUACGUGGAUGAUAACUGUGGACACAUAAACGUUAACUAAAUGUUGCACUAAACAUUAUUCCCUUUAUCAAGUAUCUGUACACUGUGGAUGGGUCGAUUGUAAUCAUGUGUAGUCUUGCCACUGACCUGAUAGCACGAAACAAAAGCUUUUCACUGUACCUCGGUACACAUGGCAAUAAAUUAAACUAAACUAAACAUACAUUUGCACAUGAGCUGCAGAUUUAACCAGAGCCAGUCUUGCAAUUAAACACAGCAAUGUCAAAGACGUGUUUGUGAUCUUUUCAUCAGAAAGAUUUUUGUUCAGUUCAGUUGUAGUUCCUCAGCCUGUGGUUUCAACAGAGAAUGUUUGCACUCAAGUUGUAGAAGGUCAGACCACUGUCAACGGUCUCGCGUGCUGCUGUUCGCUCG